GGCGUCGGCUGAGUUUUGGGCGUUUGGGAGGGGGCGAAGGAGCGAGAGUCGAGAGAGGAGGCGGCGGCUGCGGCGGCGGCGGCGGCGAGGAGGUGGAGGAGUAGGCGCCGCCAUGGCCUCCGCUAUCACUGAUAUGGCCGACCUGGAGGAGCUCUCCCGCCUGAGCCCUCUGCCCCCCGGCAGCCCUGGCCCGGCGGUACGGGGUCGGGCUGAGCCCCCUGAGGAAGAGGAGGAAGAGGAAGAAGAGGAGGCGGAGGCCGAGGCUGUGGCGGCGCUGCUGCUGAACGGCGGCGUUGGUGGGGGCGGCGGCGGAGUGGGGGGCGGCGAGGCGGAGACGAUGUCGGAGCCUAGCCCCGAGAGUGCCAGCCAGGCCGGGGAAGAUGAGGACGAGGACGAAGACGAGGAGGAGGACGAGAGCAGCAGCAGCGGCGGUGGCGAGGAGGAGAGUAGCGCCGAGAGCCUGGUGGGCAGUAGCGGCGGGAGCAGCAGCGACGAGACGCGCUCGCUGAGCCCCGGCGCUGCCAGCAGCAGCAGCGGCGAUGGGGACGGCAAGGAGGGCCUGGAGGAGCCCAAGGGACCGCGGGGCAGCCAGGGCGGUGGCGGGGGCGGCAGCAGCAGCAGUAGCGUCGUCUCUAGCGGCGGAGACGAGGGCUACGGGACCGGGGGAGGCGGAAGCAGCGCGACCUCCGGAGGCCGGCGAGGCAGCUUGGAGAUGUCGUCGGAUGGGGAGCCCCUGAGCCGCAUGGACUCGGAGGACAGCAUAAGCAGUACUAUAAUGGAUGUAGACAGCACAAUUUCCAGUGGGCGUUCAACUCCAGCAAUGAUGAAUGGACAAGGAAGCACUACUUCUUCAAGCAAAAAUAUUGCUUAUAACUGUUGUUGGGACCAGUGCCAGGCUUGCUUCAACUCUAGUCCAGACCUGGCAGAUCACAUCCGUUCCAUACACGUAGACGGUCAGCGAGGAGGGGUAUUUGUUUGCUUAUGGAAAGGUUGUAAAGUAUAUAACACUCCAUCAACCAGCCAAAGUUGGUUACAAAGGCAUAUGCUAACACACAGUGGAGACAAACCUUUCAAGUGUGUUGUUGGUGGCUGCAAUGCCAGCUUUGCUUCUCAGGGAGGGCUAGCUCGUCAUGUACCUACACACUUCAGUCAGCAGAACUCCUCAAAAGUUUCUAGCCAGCCAAAGGCCAAAGAAGAAUCCCCUUCUAAAGCUGGAAUGAACAAAAGGAGAAAAUUAAAGAACAAAAGACGACGCUCACUACCACGACCACAUGAUUUCUUCGAUGCACAAACACUGGAUGCAAUAAGACAUCGAGCCAUAUGCUUUAACCUCUCAGCUCAUAUAGAAAGUUUAGGGAAGGGGCACAGUGUUGUUUUUCAUAGUACUGUAAUAGCUAAGAGAAAAGAAGAUUCUGGAAAGAUAAAACUUUUGCUUCAUUGGAUGCCUGAAGACAUACUGCCUGAUGUAUGGGUGAAUGAAAGUGAACGACAUCAAUUAAAAACUAAAGUAGUUCAUUUAUCAAAGCUACCCAAAGAUACUGCCUUGCUUUUGGAUCCAAACAUAUACAGAACAAUGCCGCAGAAGAGGUUGAAGAGAACUCUAAGAAAAAUGUUCAGUUUGUAUUUAAGCAAACAGUGAACGACAUUUGCAAUCAACUAAAAAUUCGUCUAUCGAAUUAGGGCUGAAAAUUACUGUUAAGAGUGUUGCAGUAUGUCUGGUGGCUCCCUUUGCAGGACUAGGGUUUUCUCAUGGAGUACAGUAUGUUAUUAUUUACCUAUAAAACUAAUCUGUUAACGGUUUUUGAAAAACCUCUAUCUCACAUGAUUUGAGUAAUCCUCGUAUUUUCAUUUUGACCUAUAUAAGUUUUUUUUUUCUGAGGAAAGCAUUUGGUUUUUGAGUUGUUUUUUCUUAAUGUAAGAAAAAUUGUAUUUUUUUUAAAGUAUCUUCAAACUGAAUCUUUUAUGCACCAAAGUUGGUUUUGAAAAGGAAAAUAAAAUCACUUUCUUGCUUGGUAAGCAAGAAGCCAUAUGGAUUUUUUUUAACUUACAGAAAUGGAAAUAUGUGUAACUUGUUAGCAUUGUAUCAAACAAAUGUUGCAUAGAGAUAAUAGAACAUUGCUUGUAAAUAAUUCAGCAGAUUUGUAAUAUAUUUUUAUAUUAUGAAAUGUACUGUAGAUGUUUUUCUAGAGGCAUGAAAAAUGUAUAUAUUAUGGUAGAAAUAAUAUUGAAGGAUAUUGUAAUUCACUAGUGCUACCAGAGAAACUGUUAAUAAAGCACCUUUUUUAACAAUAAAUGUCUUUUGCAAACUUAAGGGACUAUGUACUACUGUUAAUAUCUAUAAGAACAAAACACAUUGAACAUCCUUCCAGAAAGUCUUUGAGGGAGGACCUGUACCCAUAAUAGAAUUAUGGCACUCAUUUCUGACAGUGACCGUGAAGUCAAUUAUUUCCUUACUGUUGGAAGGACAUAUUGUAAAGUAUGUGGUUAUAUGCAGUCAAACUGCAGAAAAUACUCCUGAUUGAGGAGUUUUCACUUUACUACAGUAAAUAUAAAAACCAGCAGUUUUUACACUAAAUUUUUUAAAGAAAUAAUAGACAAAAAUAUAGAAUUAAGCUUUUGGUUCCAAAAUGGGAAAAGUUCCAUGAUAGAUAAAUCAUUUCUCAUUUGCUUUAAAAAAUUAAAAAAAAAUAAAAAUUAUGGGAGAAUUUAUUCAUCACAGUGGAUUAAAGAGAUGUAUACAUGAAAUGAGUCAUAUAAAAUUAAAUAAGUGCAAAUAAAAGCACUGCUACUAUAAGACAUUCUGGAAUGGAUGUUUAAUAAGGUUAUUAUCCAUAUUAUCUGUAACAAAUGUGAUUUUAUUUUUUGAAAAGAAAGUGUUUUUUUAUCUUCUUUUGCUUAAGCACUUCAUCAGUUGCUUUAUUCUGUAUCUACAAAGUAACCUGCAAUCUCCUUUGUUUUUUUUAUUUUGAUUUGUUAUGAAAUUGCCAAAUAGAAGUGUUUCAGAUAUAUAGUUUGUACUUGUAUUUUUAUUUUAAUGCUUCAUGUUCUUGUAAGUCAUUCUUAAUUGACCAAUGAUUGUAGACCUUUUGCUUGAGUAUUUUUUUCUAAUAAAACAAAGCAAAUCACGUUUAGCUUCAAAAUUGUAACAAUUCAAUUAAAUUUUAAAAUGACAUCUGAAAAUAUACACCUAAUAUUUCCUUUAGGGGCACAUGGAUAAAUUACUUUUAUCCUUUGUAGAAAUAUUUGUAUUUUAAAACUAAAUUUCAUGGUUAUCAAUUGGCCUCUAGUGUUUGCUGCUUAUCUUAUCUGCCUUUGAUUCCUUACUAUUAACACGCGAGAGAGAAUGUGGAAUUAAAAUAAGCUAGUUUUGUAACUUAUUAUUACACACAUUCAGUUAUGAUUGGGAAAUAAGUGUGAAAUUUUAAAUUUGUAACGUUCAUUUAUUGAUGUCUACUCAUCUAUAUUGUCCCUCCUAUAGACAACAUGUGUAACAUGGCACGUGAAAUAAUCAGUCUCUUAUUUAAAAUUCAUUGUUCUGAAUCGGUUGAAUUCAGCCCAUAAACAUACCCAUUCAUUUACAUAUUGUCUGUUAAUGAUUUCUGUUUGUAGUGACAGAGUUGACUAGUGAGCCUUAUGGUCUGUAAGUCUACAAUAUUUACUAUCUGACCCUUGAAAAAGUUUGCUGACUCCUGGUCUAGUUGCUAAAAUUUUUGGCAAAAUAAAUUUAGACCACACAACUUGCAUUUUUUUGUGAUUGUGUUAAUAUUGAAAAUAAGCCAGUACAUUAAAAACUAGUGAAAGUUCCUUAAUUUACAGUAUGCUUUGCUAUACUAGGUACCUGCAACAUAUGGUUCUUUUUAAAUUUUUUCCUAAAUUUUAUAUUGAAUUUCUUAAUAAUUGCUAAUAACCCAACAGUUUUACCAUUUAUGGCUUGUAUUUUGUGUUAUUAAAUAGGACUAAAUGAGAUUUUGUAAAUCAGAUCAUGUUUAAACCAUAUGGCACAUUUUUAUCUAAGAGAAAGUGGAAAAAUUGUAAAAUUUAAAGUUGUUUAUUUUUCUAAUAAACUUACCUUUCAUAUAUAAAUCUUCCAUAAAGCGGACCCACAUUAUUACUUCUGAAUUUUAGGGGAAAGGAAAUUAAGAUGGACAGUAUUUAGCUCUCAAUGCAUAUUUUAAGAUUUGUUGUACUCAUUGAAAGCAUUGAUAAUCAUGUCAGUAAACCUUUGUGAGUGUGAAGCUUUUCUCCCUUUUACAUCUCAAUAAAAUGUUUAAAAAUAUGCAUAUAUUCUUUAAAAAGAGGAUACAUUUGCUGCAAGUAUAUAAAGCAUGCUUCAUUGUUUUUGCUAUUUGAAUUUUUUCCUCAGUGUAAUAUAUGAUUAGCAAAAGUGUUACAUUUUAAACAAAAUAUGGGGAAAAUGAGAGUAACAUAAUUAAGAUAGCUGAAGGAGGCCUUCUAUUUAGUCACAAUUCAUUCUUUAAAAAAAAAAUAAUACUUCUGCAACUAAGAAAUUCUCAGUGUAGGUACAUUCCUGUUAAUACAAGUAUGUGUACAUUCUGUCUGUUACAUAGUAAAGCCUGGAGUUAAAUCCUAUGUCAUUUGAAGGUUUGCUUUUUUUUUUUUAAAGAGAAGUGGUUUAUUUGGUGGUUUUACAUUAAAAUAUUUUUCUAUUCUAAACAAUUACUACAUAAAGG